UGCACCGGCGCUAAAGUUUGUUAUUGUUGUAUUGUAUUGAUUAGUAAUAACUGCUUUUAAAAGAUAUUUUAUUACAAUUUUUAUUUAAUAAAGAAAUAAGAAAUUAUUAAAAAAGAAGUGAAAAAUGUAAAAAAUUGUGAAUCUAUACAAAAAUAUCUAUCAUUUUGUAAAUUAUUUUUAAAUUUUUUUUUCAAAAUUGAUAAAUGAUAGAAUAGAUAAUCCAUUGUUUACAUGGAUUAUUACUUUAUAUUUAACAAUAUAAAAAUUAUUUUAAUUAAAACAUAUAUUUUAGAUAAAGUUAAUUAAAUAUAACAGAAUUUUUAUACAAAAAUGAUAUUCUGUUUAAUGAAAUUACAUAUUUUUUGUUAAAAAGUAUUUAAUAUUAAACAAAUAAAAAUAUGGAUUCUGCUACUGAAUCAGAGCAUAUAGAAAAAUUAAUAAAAGAAGCUGAAAGCUUAAAAAUUCGUUUAGAAGAUGAACGACAGAAAUUAAAUGAUAUUACUCUUGCUAGUGUAGCAGAUAGAUUAGAAACUAUUAGUUGCAUUAAUGUAAAACCACGUCGUGUUCUAAAAGGUCAUCAAGCGAAAGUUCUUUGUUCUGAUUGGUCACCAGAUAAGCGUCAUAUUGUAUCUUCUUCACAAGAUGGCAAAAUGAUAAUAUGGGAUGCUUUUACAACAAAUAAAGAACAUGCUCUUACUAUGCCAACCAUUUGGGUAAUGGCUUGUGCUUAUGCUCCAAGUGGUGCUCUUGUUGCUUGCGGAGGAUUAGAUAAUAAAGUUACUGUAUAUCCUUUAAGUCAAGAAGAUGAUGUAUCAACUCGUAAAAAAACUGUUGCUACACAUACAUCUUAUAUGUCUUGUUGUGUAUUUCCUAAUAGUGAUCAACAAAUUUUAACGGGUAGUGGAGAUAGCACUUGUGCUUUAUGGGAUGUAGAAAGUGGUCAAUUAUUACAAAGCUUUCUUGGUCAUUCAAGUGAUGUUAUGUCUAUUGAUUUAGCACCAAGUGAAACUGGUAACACAUUUGUUUCUGGUAGUUGUGAUAAAAUGGUUUUAAUAUGGGAUAUGCGAACUGGUCAAUGUGUUCAAAGUUUUGAAGGACAUCAAUCUGAUGUAAAUUCUGUAAAAUUUCAUCCAGGUGGUGAUGCAGUAGCAACAGGUUCUGAUGAUGCAACUUGUCGACUUUUCGAUUUACGUGCAGAUAGAGAAAUAGCAGUUUAUGCAAAAGAAAGUAUAAUAUUUGGAGCAAAUGCAGUUGAUUUAAGCAUUAGUGGACGAUUACUUUUUGCUGGUUAUAAUGAUUAUACUGUAAAUAUAUGGGAUACUCUAAAAUGUCAGCGAGUUGCAUUUUUAUACGGACAUGAAAAUCGAGUAUCUUGUUUACGAGUUUCUCCAGAUGGAACUGCUCUCUCUACUGGAAGCUGGGAUUCAACUCUACGAGUGUGGGCUUAAUUUUA